CUCACACCAUUCAUUGACAAGGAGAAGGUGAAUACAGCGUCUGGGGGACUUCUCUGUCUGUCUGCUGGCAACCUCAUCGACUAACAUCACCAACGCCCAUAAAGUGGCAAUAUACAGGAAAUGAACCGAGCUGCUAGAAGAAGAGCCGUCUUUUCCCGUUAAGUCUGACCGGCUCAAUUGUACAAGUGCGGUGGUCGUGAUUUUGGAGUGAAGCAUAUUGUAUAACGUUAUCAGUUAUAGUUCUCUCAUGCAUUACAUCAACUGUUUAAGUUAGCUGCUUUAUUACUGCGUAGCUAGCCCUCCCUGUUCUGGACUGAUACAACGUUUACUUCGACUGUUUGAUUCCUGUCCACCCGAAAAAUGGCAACCCAAAUCGAUAAAGAGGCUUGCAGAGAGGCUUACAACCAAGUCAGAGACGAUAACACGGACGCCAAUUGGGCUGCGUUUAAAUAUGAGGGCUCUAGGAUCGUGCCUGCAGGACAAGGCUCUGACUAUGAGGACUUCAAGAGGAUGUGCACAGAUGACGCUCGUCUGUUCGGCUUUGUUCGGAUCACAACGGGAGACGCCAUGAGCAAACGAGCUAAGUUUACUCUCAUCACCUGGAUCGGUGAGAACAUCAGCGGGCUGCAGCGCGCCAAGAUCAGCACCGACAAGGCGAUGGUCAAAGAGAUUGUGCAGAACUUUGCCAAGGAGUUCAUGUUUAGUGACCCGAGGGAACUGGAUGAGGACAACAUCCGCAUGGAGCUGAAGAAGGCGGGCGGAGCCAAUUAUGACGCUCAGGCCGAGUAGCAACGUGCCACGGUCCACUGGAAGGGUUGGGGGAGGGGGGGUCGGGUCUGGUUUGGUGGGGUGGAAUAAGUGGGGGCAGGGAGUGUUAGGGCAGGGCUGCUACCUCUUGGGGAGAGGGCGAGGCGGGAUGGAGAGGGCAUUUGAUGAAAGGGAAAUGCAUGCACCGGACACACAUACACACACACACACACACGUUUUACCUCCAAAGUGAGGUCCAGAAAGAGACCUCAUGGUGAACGAUUUGGUAAUUUUCAAAAACACAGAAAGCAGAGGUGCACCAGGAGCACUGUAGAACCAGUUUCAAAUACUAACCAAACACGGUUUAUGCUUAUGGCUUAUUAGGAAACAGCUAGUUUAUUAAUUUACUCUCAACAACAGCUGCAGAAUAAGAACAGAUCUGAGUUACUGUAGAGUGUUUUGGCACAGAUCCUGACAAUACAGGUGCUGUAGGUGCACCUCUAAAAUGACAACAUUUGCAUAAGGGCACUUAUGUACUCGAUUUUAACAAAGCUUAUGUGUGAGCAGCAUUGUUCACUUGCUUGCAUCCGUUUGUGCAUCUGAAAGAUUAAACAAAGAUUAAAGUGCAUGAAUUGUAUCAGGUUUUGCACGCAUAAAGAUACUUAACGUGGUGACACUGAAGGACGCUAUCGUAUUGUUAGCAGUAAGGAAUAAUUAGAUGAGAAGAUUGGUGCCACUUCAACGUCUCAACAGUUCAUUUAUAGCUGGAGCUACCACCGCUCACUAAGUAACAUUUUGUAUCCUGUCUGUUUAGUUUGUAGAAAAAGUGUAAAAACAGCACAGAAGCAGUUGCCAGGCAACUAAUAGAGACUCCAGGAAGUCACUGUUUUUGGCCCAGGAAUAGUCGGACAUGCACAUUUUUACACUUUUUUUACCAAUGCAAAUGAGAUAUAUAUAUAACAAGCUUUUAAAAUGUUGGUAUGUAUGUUCUAUAUUUUCUACCUCCACCUCUUUAUGCUAAGCUAAGCUAAGCGGCUGCUGGCUGUAGCUUCAUAUUGAAUGGACAGACAUGAGAGCGGUAUUGAUCUUAUCUCACUACCAUCAACAAAAAAACAAACAAGCAAAUUUCCCAAAAUGCCGAACUGUUCCCUUUAAUGGGCGGAUCUAGUCCAAAAAUAGCCGCCAGCACAGUUCUGUUACUACAUUGCUGACGAGAUCGCGCUGAAAAACUCUGAUUCUUAGGAUGCAUGCGACCAACACUCUGAAGGAACACGCUAGCUAGCAAUCACGCACACACUAACGCGUAGUCAAAAUCAAGUGUAUGAGCGCUCUUUAAAGAUCACAGAUGGCCUUCUCUACUCUCAUACCCUCUGCCCUCUCCCUGGUCAGCUCAUGGUUGGUUAUCUACUGUGCUGUGCAUCAUCAUCUCGUACUCAUCCUCAUCUCAGUUGAGCAGCAAUAUGAAGUUACAUCAAGGCUUCAGCGCUGUUUGCUAGGAAUGAUUUCAUGUAAUGAGGAUGUGAAAAAACGAAGGGUUUCACUUCAAAAUCUCAUAUUGUGAUCAUGGAUCGUGUCGUAAGAACAUGUUCAUGGACACGGAUAGAUGUCUCAUUUUUUUGAAAUGAAGCUCUUUACUCGCAGGCAUGUGUUUGACACCAGAGCAUGCUCUUAGUCAUGAUACACUGUACCUCCAGGAGGAAAAGAUCUCCAUUUUCUAACGAUAUCCUUGGCGAUGGUUGCUUUGAGUCAUAGUGCUGAGUACACAUUUAGCCACCUCUUCAUCUGCAGCCAGACAGCUGUGUUUGGAUUACAGCCUCAAAGUCAACCUUAAGUCUUGCCCUGAGUUGGACUGUCACUUAACCCCUGCCAUCAUACUUGUUCGCUUUGUGCUGUGAAUCGCUUUUAUCACAAGCCCAAAUGUGUCCUUUUUGUGUUUUUGGACCUUAUUUCAGUGUACUUUUUGCUUUCUCCUUCCAGUUUCUGUUAAUUGUUUCCAGAGCUAUGGUAGAGUACAUGGCAAAAAAUUAGAUUCUUGCUCUUCCAGGGGGAUUUCUACCUGUGGAUAUGCCAUAGAAAGAGAAACAGCUAAUAUAUGGAUCCAUCAGCAGCACUUGCAGUCAAGUAAUGAAUGUUUCCCAAAGGAUUUUAAGAAUGGAGAUCUUUCCCUCUGGUGUCUCAUCUCACUAUCUACCCCUUAAAGAUAUCCAUGCAUACUGUAACCUACUGUGUUUGACUGCCUUAGUCUCCCAGGGAGAGAGGGGCAUCAUGGGAGCUUGUGGACACUACACUGUGAUUGGCUAUCCUCCUUACAUGGGGGCGGGACUUUGAUCGGCACAUGGCCCAUGGCAACGUGGGCUUGUGCAUGUCAUCCCAACCCAGGAGGGGCCAUUUCUCGGUUGUAGCAUCUCUGUUUGUUUAUUUGGUUUCAACCCUCCCUUCCACCCUGCAAAAAAAUAGGAUUUUUUUUUUUUGUUGUACUUUUAUUUUGUUUUUGAGAUGAAUUUUAUUUUCUCUGAACCUUGACCUUUUGAUUUCUUUUUAAGAGCAUUGUUGUCUUGGAUAUUGGCAGAAGACAUUUU